CCGCGCAGGUUUGGGGAGAUAUUUCUCGACAGCCGCUCUCUGACAGUCAUUAUUGCACAAACGAGUCCAGGGUGUGUGUGCGCGCGUGGAAGUGCACGGCUGUUAUUUGUACGUGCGGCGCACCGUGCCUUCGCUGCGCGCGGACGCGUCAUUCCCCCCGCGCGCCGCUCCAGACGCACUUUCGGUGUCUCUCCACGCACAUCACGCGCACAGGUGACAGCCCGAGGCGGGGCGGGAAAGAGUGAGGGGGCAGCGGGGAAGGAGGAGACUGUAGCACACGCGCGUACAGUCACACGCACUCGUGUGCAGCGCAGUUGUCUCGUGCUGUUGGCGCGCGCGGAGCAGCUCCAUCUCUCCUCCUUUCUGCGUGUGGUUUGUGGAAAGUAGCGCAGACAAUUUUACGCACGUCUGCGCGCGCGAAUAUGACAUUAGUGCGGGACGUGGGCUGGAAGAGGAGCACCGGGAGCUCCUGUAGGAGUUAAAGGAGUGUUUGUGCGCUCCUUUCUUCUGUGCUCCGUUUUUCCCACCUCUGUGUUUACUCUGAAUUCCAGCAUGGACCCAGGAGCAACAAGCGGUGGAGUGCGGCUGCUGUGUGCGCGCCUGGCAGGAAUAAUGCGCGUGUGAUUAGGUGGAUUUGGGGCUCAAACUGCGGGAAUCCUGCGCUCUGACUCCUUGUGCGCGUGCAGAACAGGAAUGAACACGGAUUUGGGAAUCUUAUAACUGUCUUCAGAACUGUCUCGCGCCUGGCGCUGGUUCUGCGUUUUUUCCGCGUGGAGAGCGUCGCGGAGCGGCUUGAUUUCCCUGCCGGAACGGCGUGGAGCGGACCCCACCAUGGGUAGGUACCCGAGCCGAACCCCUCAGCUUGGCGCUGGGUUCACAUUCCGGCUCCUGUGGACGCUCCAGGCGCUUGUGGAUCUGUCCGCCUCCCAGGAGAUUUACGCGCCACACUCGAUCCGGGUGGAGGGCGACGUGACGCUGGGGGGGCUUUUCCCGGUGCACGCCAGGGGCGUCCCGGGGACGCCGUGUGGGGACAUCAAGAAGGAGAACGGGAUCCACCGGCUGGAGGCGAUGAUGUACGCUCUGGACCAGAUCAACAACGACGACGAGCUGCUGCCCAACGUGACGCUGGGCGCGCGGAUCCUGGACACCUGCUCGCGGGACACGUACGCGCUGGAGCAGUCCCUGACUUUCGUCCAGGCGCUCAUCCAGAAGGACACGUCGGACGUGAGGUGCACGAACGGGGAGCCGCCAGUGUUCGUGAAGCCAGAAAAAGUUGUGGGGGUGAUCGGAGCGUCUGCCAGCUCCGUGUCCAUCAUGGUGGCCAACAUCCUGCGCCUCUUCCAGAUUCCUCAAAUCAGCUAUGCAUCCACUGCCCCGGAGCUGAGCGACGACCGCCGCUAUGACUUCUUUUCCCGAGUCGUUCCUCCUGACAGUUUCCAGGCACAAGCCAUGGUGGAUAUUGUCAAGGCCAUGGGCUGGAACUACGUUUCUACGGUAGCCUCUGAAGGAAGUUAUGGUGAAAAAGGAGUGGACGCCUUCAUGCAGCUCUCCAGAGAAGCAGGUGGAAUCUGCAUCGCUCUGACCCUGAAGAUCCCUCAUAAUCGCAAGCCUCCUGACUUUGAUAAAACCAUCCAUCUCCUGAAGAGCAAUGAAAAAGCCCGAGCGGUCAUCCUCUUCGCCUCUGAUGAGGACAUCAGGGGAAUCCUAAACGCCACCAAGCGAGCCCAGGCAGUUGGCCACUUCCUGUGGAUUGGCUCUGACAGCUGGGGAUCUAAGAACAGUCCCAUCUACCAGCUGGAGGAUGCUGCUGUGGGAGCUAUUACCAUUCUGCCAAAAAGGGCAACCAUUAGCGGUUUUGACGCAUACUUCACAUCGCGGACUUUGGAGAACAACAGGAGAAACGUGUGGUUUGCUGAGUACUGGGAGGAGAACUUCAACUGCAAACUGAUGAGCUCCUCUAAGAAGGACGAUAGCAGCAGGAAGUGCACAGGUCAGGAGCGGAUCGGCGUGGACUCAAAGUAUGAGCAGGAAGGGAAGGUCCAGUUUGUGAUCGAUGCCGUGUACGCCAUGGCGCACGCGCUACACAACAUGCAGCGGGACCUUUGUCCGGAGAACUCGGGGAUCUGCCCGGACAUGGAGCUCGCCGGAGGGAAGAAACUGCUCAAGUACAUCCGCAGCGUCAGCUUCAACGGAAGUGCUGGAACUGGAGUCACUUUCAACAAAAAUGGCGACGCCCCAGGACGCUAUGACCUGUUCCAGUAUCAGUGGGAUAACGUCACUGGACCAGGCUACCGCAUUAUUGGACAGUGGACUGAGACGCUGCAGCUCAACAUUGAGGACAUACAGUGGCCUGGAGGGAAGCAGGAGAUCCCCAGCUCGGUGUGCAGCUCUCCCUGUGAACCUGGUUGGAGGAAGAAGUUGGUGAAGGGCAGUACCUGCUGCUGGCACUGCGAGUCAUGUAACGGCUACGAGUACCAGCCCGAUGAGUUGAACUGCAAGCUGUGUCCCUAUGACAUGAGGCCCAGUGCCAACCACUCGUCCUGCCAGCCCAUUCCCAUCAUCAAGCUGGAAUGGCACUCCGCGUGGGCGGUCAUUCCAGUUUUUCUAGCUAUGCUGGGCAUUAUUGCAACCAUCUUUGUUGUGGCCACCUUCAUACGAUACAACGACACGCCAAUCGUGCGAGCAUCAGGCAGGGAGCUUAGUUACGUUCUUCUGACUGGAAUAUUUCUGUGCUACAUCAUCACGUUCCUCAUGAUCGCCAAGCCGGACGUUGGUGUUUGCUCACUGAGAAGGAUCUUCCUGGGUUUGGGUAUGUGCAUCAGUUACGCUGCCCUCCUCACCAAGACCAACCGCAUCUACCGCAUCUUUGAGCAGGGCAAGAAGUCAGUGACGGCACCCCGGCUGAUCAGCCCCACCUCCCAGCUGGCCAUUACCUUCAGUCUCAUCUCUGUCCAGCUACUAGGAGUGUUGAUCUGGUUUGGGGUGGAUCCACCAAACACCAUCAUAGACUAUGACGAGCAGAGGACCAUCGAACCAAACCUGGCUCGAGGGGUUUUGAAAUGCGACAUCACGGAUCUGCAGAUUAUUUGUUCCUUGGGUUACAGUAUCCUAUUAAUGGUAACAUGUACUGUUUACGCCAUAAAGACCCGGGGGGUCCCAGAGAACUUUAACGAGGCCAAGCCCAUCGGGUUCACCAUGUACACCACCUGCAUCGUCUGGCUGGCUUUUAUACCCAUCUUCUUUGGCACUGCGCAGUCUGCAGAGAAGUUGUACAUCCAAACAACCACCCUGACCAUCUCCAUGAACCUGAGUGCGUCCGUCGCCCUGGGGAUGCUCUACAUGCCCAAAGUCUACGUCAUCAUCUUCCACCCAGAGCUCAACGUGCAGAAGAGGAAACGAUCCUUCAAGGCCGUUGUCACGGCCGCCACCAUGUCGUCCCGAUUGUCUCACAAGGCCAGCGACCGGCCCAACGGAGAGGCAAAGACGGAGCUGUGCGAGAACGUCGACCCCAACAGUCCGGCAGCAAAGACAAAGUAUGUGAGCUAUAAUGACCUGGUGAUCUAAGUGGACCCCCCAGCAUCAAAGGGACCUUCUGCAGAGGCAUCUGCUCUCCUGCCUGACUCCUCAGCCGCAGGAGGAAGCGGACAGCUUUCCAGUUUUACCUUCUCUUGUUUCCGUGUUUCACUGCCCGCCACAAGCAUUCAGGUGUUUGCCACCUGCCGAGACUCUUUCUUCAGUCAAACGGGAAAGUGGUGGAGUGGAUAAUUUGUGGGUGAGGCUGACAGCAGGACGAACAAGGCGGAUGCAGCAGACGGUCGGUGGUAAUGAAAGAUUCCGCACUGCAUCUUAGCCCCGUGACAUGCACCCGUUGCCUCACGUACUUUCAUGCUUCGAGUUUCCCAACCUCCAAUGUCUACAUGUGUGUACUCUCUCGGGCUGACAUGUUGGCCUGCUUUAGUUCUUUCCUUCUUCUGUGUCACAGAUAUCAACAAGUCUAUUUUGUUUUUUCUGAUGCUCAUUCACUUUUUAAUGUGGGGUCUGGAAGGCUGCGCUUUCUGUCAUUUAAAGGAAGAAAAGAGGAAAGUGUAAAGAUGGAUGCUCAUAAAGCCCCUGAAAACUCCCCCUCUGGGUCAGGUUCUGGAGUGUGAAAGACCAUAAACACCUUUGCAGAUUCAUCAUUGAUGGUGCAUGCUUUCAGUCGUUUGCAGGUGCAAACGCUUGUGCUCUAACCAUGGGAACUACAUGUCCCAUGAUGCUUUGUGGAUUGUACAGGAGGUACGAUGCUGCGGUCCAAUCAGCUGGAUCCACUGCUGUAACCGUGCCGUUUCGUUGUGUUUGUCUGCAGUUUGUCAGAUCACCGUGUUGCUGAAGAAAGGGACACAGAUGUGUCCAGAUGUGUUCUGUUUGCGUUUCUUUAUAUUAGCUGCAAAUGUGUCUGUCUUGCAUGCGUGCUGAGGUUUCAGGGUUCAGUUUUCAGGGGCUUAAGCUUGGCAUAGUUUUCAGUGUGGACAUGUGACCGAAGGUCUGUAAUUUGGAGACAUCCAUGUGUUUCCAGAGGCUCCUCUAUCAUCCAACUUUAACUUCUGUUACAAAGAGUGGAUCCGUGCAAUCAUUUUUUAAAAAUAAAUGCAUUAUUAUUCAACUAUUUUUUAAUGUUAUUUUUUUCACUUACUUAAAACUUUGAAAAUAAGUUGCAAUGGUUUUAAAAAGCCACAAACUUCAGAAAAUUUUUUUCUAAAUCUGACAUCUUGUUAGUGGUAGUCUUUCAGCUAAAUUGUCCAGAUUACCCUGAUCCUACCAAACAUACAAACGAUCCAGCAAUUCUUGUGUGCUUUUACUGUGAAAAAAUAUGUGUGAGCUUCAAAUAAAAACAGGAUUGGAGCAUGAUGCUUGUGUUGUUGAGCGUCACUUUGGACAGAAUCACUAAUCACACCAAACUCUCUAAGCUACGUUCACACCGCCCUCAGAAACAAGCGUUCAAGUGACCACAUCCAAUGAAAAGUCUAUGUAAAUGCACUUAUAUGUGUAUUCAGGCUUCUACAUUCACACAUCGCUGCGCAAGUUUCUACAACCAUUGUCAGGCUCUCGUACAAAAUGCAUGGCCUUUUGAAAGUGAAACCAGGUUGAACUUUGACCUAUCAGGGACUCGGAUAUAGUAGAUGACGUCCCCUUUAGUUCACGGAAGUGUAAACCGUUUGAAAAGCAAUCAUGAAGGAGGCGUCAAUAAUUGCGAUUUGGAAUUAUAUGACACCAAGUCUUUCAUACAUGUGUGUGGUAGACAUGCACAUUAUUGGGUAGCAACAACCCAGUGUGAACACCAUAUGCUAAAGGCAUGUUCAAGAACGCAUGUCACAUGCCCGGUGGAAUGUAGCACCUUGUUUUAACAGUCAUGCCUGCUGUUCAGAGUUUGGUAGGAUCGGGGUUUCUUCUUCAUUGUGGUGAACCUCCUUCACUACAAACUUCAAAUAGCAUUUAACUCCCUCAUAGUCAUCAGCUUCACUUGUUAAACAUUUUUUUCAGAAUACUUGCAUCAUAAAGUUUUUCUUUGAUUGCUGUCUCUAAUGGUUCUAGAUUUAGUUUUAGUAAAUCAGAAAGCACAAAGCGAUUGCAACAGCUGUGGUGGGCUGUAAACUCGAAAUCUACAUAAGAUGCAAAAUGUAAUCAGACAGGGCAUGUGCAUGAAUACUGCUCAUGUGCAAUGCAGUUCACUGUAAUCCUUGACAAAAAUUGUGAUAAAUUUGCAUAUUUUCUUGUGUCUACCACCAUUAGAGAGCUUUAAGGUGCAGAGAUCCUAACGCCCACUAAAGGAAAAGAGCCUCUAAUGCACUCCCAGUGAAUUCGGAGAUUCAAAUUUUGAAUCAUGGGAAGUUUUAACUCAUUUUCAUGGAACCAACAUUUUAAAUUAGAGCUUAAGCUGACUUUAUCCCAGUUAGCUUGUGUCGCUACCACUUUCUAAAGCACAGUUUUUUUAAACAAGCCAGGAGGGGUUAAAGGAUUGACCUUUAUUGGAAAUAUGUUGCAUCAUCCUUCACUUUCAAAUCAUAAGUCUGUGAUGACACAUUCUUAGUGGAGUGCUCCAUGGAGGGAAGAAAGUUACAGUAGUCCAACAAUGCCCUCACAGAGAAUGAGAUUGCCUUCAUUAUAAAAAAAAGGGUGAUGGUGGUUUAUUGAAUGCAACAAUCAUAGAGGAGACAGACCAGGACUCAUUGUUUAGAAAAAAAAUACUGAAAAUUACAUAAAAUUCAAAGGAAGAGGUUGUAUGUUUGUGUUUGUCAUUAAAAGCAGCAUUCAUUUUUAAUUAUGGCAUUUAGAUUUCACGUCAUAUUGUCUUCUGGAUGGAAAAGUGAAGGCUUCUGUUUCAGGCAGAUGUAGAUAUCAAGUCUACUUCUGGAAGCAAAUUGGCUGUUUUUCUCUUUAUGUCUUUGUUUUUUUCUUCUUUGAAAUACACCUCAAAGUCCCACUCUGAUCAUCUUUUGAUCUAUUGUAAAAGCAUUUCUAGUGGUCUUUUAAUUAUGAUUAUGCAGUG